GGCCAGAAAAGAGUUGCUGAGGCUCAGGCUCCAAGUGCAGCUCAACCACAGAAGUCCAGCAGUCCUCCACAGUGACCUGUGAAAAAACUUCCACCUGGCACUGCCAUGUCAGCCCCCGAAGGCCACCCCCAGCGAAGCACCAUCUCCCACCGCGGCCGCAGCUCCGUGCCCGUGGCCAACUCCAACACCGAUGGCAAAGAUGUCCCGGAGUUUGAGCCCUUCGGCUUGAUGCCUCGCGGCCCCCCGCCGCUCAAGGAAUUCCUGGACAUCUGGGAUGUGAACAUGCUCAACCAGCCAAAUGAGAUCAACAAGAGGAACCACCACACACAUCUGUACGCCACUGAGAACCUCAUCGUGCGCCGGGGUCAGGAGUUCCAGAUCAGGAUCACCUUUGACCGUCCCUACAAGCCCACCCAGGACCACUUCCUUGUGGAGUUUGUAAUUGGCAGCUACCCACAGGUCAGCAAAGGGACCUACAUCCCACUUCGCGUCGAUGAGGAGCUAUCGGGGUCAUGGAGAGGGCGGGUGGUGCAGACGAUGGACAACAUGGUCACAGUGGGCAUCACUCCGGCUCCUGACUGCAUCGUGGGAAGAUUUCGCAUGUAUGUGGCGGUCAUCACGCCCUACGGCAUUCGCAGGACCCAGAAGGACCCCAGCCGAGAUGUUUACAUCUUAUUCAACCCCUGGUCACCAGCUGACACAGUGUUCCUGAAUGACGAAGCAGAGCGAGACGAGUGCAUCCUGAAUGAAUCUGGGAUCAUUUUCUACGGGGAAGCCAGUGACAUUUCAGUCCGACCUUGGAAUUAUGGCCAGUUUGAGUACGGAGUUCUGGAUGCCUGUCUCCAAGUGAUGGACCGGGCUACCAUGCCCCUUGUCAAUAGAGGAGAUGCAGUCAAAGUGGCCCGCAUGGCUUCAGCUAUGAUGAACUCAAAGGAUGACGAUGGAGUCCUGGUGGGGAAUUGGACUGGAGAUUACUUCUACGGGGUGGCACCCACAUCCUGGACAGGCAGCGUGGAAAUCCUGCUAGAUUACGCGAACAGCAACCAAGGAGUGUGCUACGCGCAGUGUUGGGUCUACGCUGGUGUCUUCAACACCUUCCUGCGGUGUCUGGGCAUCCCAGCUAGGGUGGUCUCCAACUUCUACUCUGCCCACGACAAUGACGGCAACUUGAGAACUGACAUCAUCCUGGAUGAGAAUGGGAAGGUUGAUAAAGAGCGCACAAAGGACUCCAUCUGGAAUUACCACUGCUGGAACGAGUGCUACAUGGCCAGGACUGACCUGCCCCAGGGCUUUGGAGGCUGGCAGGUUGUGGAUGCCACCCCUCAGGAGACCAGUGAUGGUUUAUACAGGUGUGGUCCAGCUUCUGUUCAUGCCAUCAAACAUGGACAGGUCUGCUAUCCCUUUGAUGCGCCAUUUAUUUUUGCAGAGGUGAACAGUGAUGUUGUGUUCUAUCAACGGAACAAGAAUGGCACCCUGGAACCAGUGAGGGUAAACAAGUCCCACGUGGGACGAAUGGUGCUGACCAAGGACAUCGGCAAAGAGUCAGCAAGGGACAUCACAAGCCAGUACAAAUUCGCUGAGGACACUGAGGAGGAGAGGACGGUGCUGCAGAAGGCAGAGGAGUUUGGCUGCAGCCGGAUCCAGUCCACUCUGCCGCCAGCCGACGUGGAGAUGAAGGCAAGCGUCCAAGAUGUCAUGGUGGGCAACGACUUCCAGCUCAGCCUGGAGUUCCGGAACCAGAGCGACUCCCACCGCACUACUAAUGUCUACAUCAGUGGCAAUGUGGUUUACUACACUGGAGUCACGAGCUCUGAGUUUAUUCUCAAGACCCAGAAUGUGACACUGAAACCCUUUGAAUCCAAAGUGGUGAUUGUGGAUGUGAAAUCCCAGGAAUACCUGAGGAAGCUGGUGGAUCAGGCCAAUCUCCACUUCAUUAUUACGGGGCGCGUGGAUGAGAGUGGCCAAAUCAUCACUGCCAUGCACGUGGUCUCCUUGCACACCCCCAAGCUCUCCAUCAAGGUCAGUGGAACAGCAAGGGUCAGCGAGGAGAUGCUAGUCACAGUGGAGUUCACCAACCCCUUCAAGUUUAAUCUGGAAGAUGUAUCAGUGCGCAUGGAGGGCCCAGGACUCAUGUUGGCCAAAAAAAAGCAGUACAGCCUCAUCCCAACCAACUCCACCUUGACGUGGACAGAGUCCUUCAAGCCUCGGAGGUCUGGGCAAGCCUGGCUCAUGGCCAGCCUGGACUGCCAGGCCCUCAGGCAGGUUUAUGGGCAUCUGGAGGUCAACAUCCAGCCUUGAGAGACCAGCAGGCUGAGAAAAUGAUCUCCUGUCCUUCACUAACCCCCUUCUCCUGCUUUGAAAACCAAAAAAAAGUGCUUGUAUUUUUCUCUUGUGAUGUUUCUACUAGAAAAUUAGCUUGUUUUGUGCAACAUGGGUAUAUGUAGGAGAACUUUCUCUUAAGGAGAUUUAAUGGUCUGUUUAAAACUAGAUGAUCCGAAAAGGAAGAAGGAAGGAUGGGCGUAUGGAUGCACAGCAGAGAAAAAUGUAGCUUCUUUAAAACCUGGCAAAACUUCGUCGCAAUACAAUACUAUGACAGUACUUUUUCCUUUUAUGGCAAAGAAAAGCAUAUGUUAAUCAGUAGUCAGAUUUAUACUUGUCUUGUUCACAUCUCCACAAUGAACAUCUGUAGUGAUUUGUUACAAAUUUCUAUAUGCAGCUUGGGUGGAAAUAAUGAGCUUUUGUAUGGGCUUCAUUCCCCCCUACAUUAGUAGAUAUAUUAUUAUACUCAUAUUGGCUUCCAGAUUUCUUCAGUUUUUCUAUUAUCUCAGCUUGCCAGUACUGUAUGGUACACAGUAUUCUCUAAGUUCUGUAAGAAGAAAAGCCUCAUCCUAAAAGUUUUGUUGAGGAAAUAUAGAAACAAUAUUCUUCUUUAUUGACUGCAUUGUGUUUGAAUUUUAAAAAAAAAAUCUUCU